GAGCCAGUCCCGCACGCCGGCGCUAGUCUUGCGAGCCACGAAAGAAACAGAUCUGCCUGCCUGCAGCUUGUGCUUCCUCCCUCCGCCGCCGAUCCGAACGAUGGCGUCCGCCGCCGCCGGGUCGUGGUCGAAGCGGUGGAUCCGCCCCGAGGUGUGGCCGCUCUUCUUCGCGACGGGCACGGCCGUCGGCAUCUGCGGGAUGCAGCUCAUCCGCAACAUCACCGGCAACCCGGAAGUCAGGGUGCUCAAGGAGAAGAGGGCGGCGGGCGUGCUGGAGAACCACGACGAGGGGAAGAGGUACUCGCAGCACGGCUUCAGGAAGUUCAUCGACGGCAGGAAGCCCGAGAUCAUGGAGUCCAUCAACUCGUGGAUGGCGGACCCCAAGUAGAUCGGAGCCGCCCUGCGGCAGCGGCCGGCGGCUGGUUUGGUCGGCCGCAUCACCCAUUUAAUUCUUGAUUAUUGCUACCGUAAUUGCCUUCUCGGUACGUUUUUGUAUCGCCAUAUACACAUAUUGUUAACAAGACCAAAAAUGGCAUGAUGUUUUACGCGCGAGGCCUGGAUGCGAGCAGGCAUGUUUCAGAGUUUUGAUGCAUUUGGGAUGAAAUCAUGCAAAUAUAAAUAAUUGUUUGCCAUC